AGCUCUAUUAAAUUCAACGAGGCUUACUUCCGAGUAAACAAGCUUAAAAACUAGGCUGCCUCCCAGCCGAUUUCCAAAAUACUUCUGAGCUCUUCCUUCCGCUGUUUGAGAAAGCAGCUACACCCCGCCCGCUCUUUCUCAGUUGCGGCCGGCGAGGUUUGAAAGCAGCCGAAUCCACCACUCAGCGGCCAGGCAGAACAAGCCGGGAGAAAUCCUAUUGGCUCAAUUGAAGAAAGCUAGAAAGCCGGACACGUUCAAGGCCCACCAAUCAUCAUCCUAUGUUAUCUCCGGCUAACCGACGGGGGAGGGGGAGAUGGUGGGAGGUUUGAAUUUUCGAAAGAAAAGUUGAAAAGAGUUCUUGGGGGGGGGGUCGUCUGGGAAAGAAGGACGGAGAGUUCGAGGAAAGCGAGUUCGUCUGAGAGUGAUGCUGUAAAAUAGCAGUAUAAAGAAAACUUUACCUGUUAUUAGACCUGAAGAAAAAAGUUUUUUGUUUUUGUGAUGUUUUUGCGUAUUAAAGAGGAAAACUUGGUUGAGAAAUGAGCUGGGCUGUGGAAGAAUGGAAAGAAGGUCUCUCCACAAGAGUCCUGCACAAGAUUCAAGAACUUGAAAGUCAACUUGAGAAGCUAAAAAAGGAGAGACAGCAAAGACAGUUUCAGCUUGAAUCUCUGGAUGCAGCUUUGCAAAAACAGAAGCAGAAGGUUGAAAAUGAAAAAACUGAAGGGGCAACACUGAAAAGAGAAAACCAGAGCUUGCUUGAGCUGUGUGACAACCUUGAAAAAACCAGGCAGAAGUUUUCUCAUGAACUUCAGGUGAAAGAGUCACAAAUGAGCUUUCAAGAAGGACAGCUCAUUUCGAGCAAGAAACAGGUUGAAAGGCUGGAGCAGGAACUGAAAAGAUACAAGUCAGAACUAGAACGAAAUCAGCAAAUCCUCAUUGCAGAAGAUUCAUCUGUCAGUAAUACACCACAGAAGAGCUUUACUGUUCCUUCUACUCCAUGUCACAGUGAUGCCAAGUUUGAAGAACUGAAAACAAAAUAUGAGAAAGAAGUUGAGGAAAAGAAAAAACUGGAGGCAGAACUGAAGAGUGUUAAAUACCAUAGUACCGUGAGUCGCAGGGAAAUUGCUCGGCAACAAGCUUCAUCAUCUGUGUUCUCAUGGCAACAAGAGCAAACACCAAGCCACCCUCCAUCCAGUAGUCAAGGAACUCCUAUAAGCAGUGGGUCAGAUUUUUCUUGGGAGCUUGGGUCAACGCCUAGUCACCAAGAUCAAAAAUCAGCAAAGAAAGACUUUGUCAACAGCAUCUUGGACAGCAGCAAGGACUCAGCUCGCAUUGAUGAUAUGAAAACACAGAACCAAGAGUUAAGAACCAGAAUUCAAGAACUAGAACAUAAUCUGCAGAUUCAGACAAGUGAUAUAAAAUUCUACGUAACUAAACUUCAAGAAACUCAAUUGCAAGUUGAAAAUCUAAAAAGGGAAUUGACAGAAAAAGGCCAAGCUCUGAGUAAAAGUCACAAUGAAGUAACUAGAAUUACAGCACAACUUGACCAAACUACUUCUCAGUUUGUUGCAGCUGAGGAAAAGAUAAAAAGGCUUGCAGAGGAACUGAACUGUCAGCGACAAAAUUCCGAAAGUGUCCGGCGCUCUUUAGAACAGAAGAUAAAAGAAAAGGAAAAAGAAUAUCAAGAGGAACUGUCUUGCCAGCUGGAUCAAGUGAAAACUAAACUACAAGAGGAAAUUCAUCAAGCCAAGAACAGCUAUAGUUUUCUUCAAGUGGACCUUGAGAAAAUACGAUUGGAGAAAGAGGGAUUGGAAAAAACUGCCAGUGACUUUUCUCUGAAAUUGAAGAUGGCAGACCAGGCAAUGGAAGCAAUGCAGUUAAAGGAAAAUUAUCUGAAAAAAGACUUCGAGGAAGUAAAGCAGCAAAACAAUCUCCUCAGCUGUCAAACUUGUCAGCAGUCACAAGAAAUUUGCCAAUUGAAAGAAGACCUUCAUACAGCCAAACAGCUUCUGCAGCAAAGUCAAAGUCUCGCUGAAGAAAUGAAAAGUAAAAAGUGGUCUUUGGAAAGAGAGUUGCAAGUUCUUAAAGACAAAUUGAACAAGCAAGAUGAGUCUCUAGAGAAGAUGCAGCAUGCAGUUUCUGACCUGGAAAAACAACGAGAUUCUUUCCAACAGCUUCUGCAACAUAAAGAAAACACCAUUGAAAAACUCAGCAUAAAACUGGAAAAUCUAGGAAGUCUGGGGAAUGUUCUUGCUGAAUGUGAAAGUCUUAAAAAAGAGGUUGCAUUUCUUUCCCUACAGAAAACAGAAAAUGAACAACUCCUAGGCCAGGUUUGUUCAGAAAAAGAAGGGAUGAUGAGCAAAAUGUACAGCUUAGAAAAUGCUUUAAUGAUGGAGCAGAUUAAAAGUAAUGACAGAGUAACUGUUGUAGAAACUGAAAAUGAACACCUAAGCAUGGAGAUUAAAGAGCUCAGAUGUGUGGCUGAAGAAAAAAGCACUGAGCUAGAGGCACAAAUAAUAGCUUACAUUGAGCUCCAACAAAAAACAGUUACUGCUGAAGAAAAAUAUCAGAAAGAGAGAGAAAACAAUUCCCUGAAAUUAGCUGAGUUGACCAAACAGGUGAAUAGCCUGCAACAAAUGCUGCAGUUGGCAGCAAAUGAAGCAUUAGAAAAGGAAAAAUGUAUUUCCUCACUUGAAACCUCAUUGGCUUCCCACAUGCAGUUAAACACUUCCUUUCAAAAACAAUUUGAAGAAUUAAUACGAGUCAGAGAUGAAAUGGGAAAAAAAUUGGCUGAAGCAGAGCUGAAGCAUGAAGGUUUUGUGAGGGAAUCUGAAGAGCAUAUCAGUAAGUUACAAGUGGCUCUCUCUGAAAAAGAGGGCUUGGUCACCAAAGCUUCAGCUUCCCUUGAAGAGAAAGACGAGCAGUUGCAACUUUUGAUCAAAGAGUCUAAAAGGCAAGAAACAGAGAUUCAAGGUUUAAAGAUCAGCAAUGAGAUGCUUGAGGAUUCAGUACAACAGCUAAAAGUUAUGCCUCAAACAGCAAGUUACCAAGAGCCAGAUUUAUCUGGUGCAACAUCAUUAAGUGAAAAAGAAAUUGAAGGUCUUAAGAACAAAAAUGUCUUCCUUCAAAGUGCUAUUGAUACUUCAGAACAAAAACAUGUAAACUUAAUGGAAACAAAUCUGCACCUUUCCAAUAAUUUGAAGGACCGAGAUGAAAACCUCUCAGAAAGGCAUAGAGAGAAGAGCAUAUUAUUCUUACAAGCUAAAGAAGGACUGGAAGGGAAAUGCAUAUUGCUGGAAGCAAACAGCAGCAACUUAGAAUGCUCUUUAAGGGCUGAAUUUGAAUACCGAGAGAAACAGCUCAUGAACAAACACGAGGAGCUUCAAUGUCAGCCUUUGUCCUUGGAGGAAAAAAACAACAUUUUGCUGAGGCAGCUUGAAAAAAUGCAGGUGGUUCUUGAAGAGGCUGAGGUUGUUCCUGUCCAAAAUGUUCUGUCAUCUGAACUUGAUAGUUUAGAACCAAAAAGGUCAAGACAGAAUACAAUGCAACAAUAUACCUUGCUGCAAGAGAAUAAGCAAUUGAUUGAGGAGAUAAAAACAAGGAACAAACAUGCAAGAGGUGGCCCUUCUUUAAAUAAGGCUUCAUUGGAACAGCUGAGGAUAUCUGUGAAAGAAAAAGAAGAACAACUAGAUAAAUAUCAAGUAAAGCUUGAACUACUUCAGAUGGACCUUGAGGAUAAAGAAGUAUCUGUAGAAAGCUAUGCUGACCAGGUAAAGCAGCUGGAAACUGCACUGAGAUCAAUGGAAACAAAAUUUGAGGAAAGUGAAAGGGAAAAAGGGGGACUAAAGCAAGAAAUCGAAGCCCUAAAAAAACUAGGAAAAUUUACUUUAGAGAUUGCAGAGGGGGAUGGAAAUGGCCAGUUACCAGCUGUUUUGAAUGCUGUUACUAAGGUCUACUUUAACCAGCAAAUAAAUGCCAAGUGUUUGUCAGUUCCUCAUGAUACGAUGCCCAGCCAAAAUGAUUAUGUCCAAUUAGUAUCCUCCCUUCACAUGACAAUGAGCAAGCUAAAUGAGUUGGAGAAAAUGUGUGAACACCUGCAGACUGAAAAGUCAACAUUAGCAUCACAGCUGAAGGACUCACAAUUGGAAUGUGUCAUAGGCACAGAGAUUAUGGGCGAAGAACUCAGGAACAAAAUUAACAUGGUAAAACAAGAGCAUGCUGCUUUGUCUGAUGGAUUGGACCAGGGUGAAAUAGAAACACAGUUUGAUUUUGAAAAAAUGAACUUUGUGGAUGUGGAAUGUUGUGCUGGACUCAACUUUGAAGAUUUAAAAUUAACUAAUAAAGCAAUUAAAGCACGCUUUGGUGGAGUAAGGGAAAAAAUCUUGUCAAUGAAAAAUCAGUACAAAUACUUGCAUGAGCAGAAUAUGAAUCUGGCUUACAUCUUAUUAGAGCUGCAGUGCAGUAUUGAAAUGCUCAGGAACGAAAACACUGCACUGUCAACAAGUCUCAAUCAAGCUGAUGCCAUUUCAUUCAUGACAGAGAUGACUCCUAGCCACAUUGAUACAGAGUUUCUGUUGGAUGGGACACUUUGCCUGUGUUCUUCAUGUCACAGUAGUGUAGCAAGCCUCACAGAAUCUAAUUUUGACAGUGAUCAUUAUGUGAAAUGCAAGGGAAGGGAAAUAACCAAACACAGCAGCAAUAACAAACAAAGUGAACUAGAUAGUAUCCCGGACCAUCACCAUUCCGUUACAGAGCUGUGUGAUGGUGACAUGUUGGUCAGCAUCAUCAAGCAGGGUCAUGCCAUGAGCAAAAAGUACAGUCUGAAAAAUAAAAUUGAACAUCUCAUGUUUUGUGAGACCUAUGACAAGUCCUUCAAGAGGCUUGAAGAAUCUUUUGAGGCCCAUAAAAAUCUGAAAGAUGAAGAGAUGCAGAAGAUUCAGCAGCUGCUCCUUUCAGCAAGGGAGGAAAUGGAUUGCCUCAAACAGCAAAAUGUAUUGGACAAUAUGCAGUGGCGGCAAAAACUGCAUCAUUUGAUCCUGGAGGGCGUGCCAGCUAAGCGGAAUGACUCUGAGCUCUUGCCUCAAGUAUUGGAAGAACCAAGAAUCCAGUCUCAAGACCUGAAUUCAAGUUCUCAGCCACUGCUUUGUGUUGGCACUGAACAUCAAGUGCAGUAUCCUGCUGAACAAACAAACAAUCCCUUAAGUCAACUGGAAAUGUAUGACUUCACCAAUGAAAGUGUGACAUUUGAAGAUCUGCAUGGUGUAGCAAAAGAAAGAAGGUAUGAAGUGAACAGAAUGGAAGGCCUGAGGCCUGAUUGUGAAAUAGUCAUAGGUGUCAGAUCUACAGAAGGAUGUUUUGAGGCCUCAUUUAGAGAGUCCGGAAGGGUAUCAGAUAAGUCCACAAACCCUUCACAUAGUCCUGCUGUGAUACUUCCUAAUCAUAAUAACAGAAAUACAGUUUCUGCAAACAUCCAUGAAAAUCACAAGAUUAAUGAACCAUCUCCAAUGCAGAUAAAUGAGACUCAUACUCUGAAGCCUGAGCUGUCCCAUGGUGUGGCUGAAAGCAAUAAGGCCUUUGAUACUCUGGUCAUGGAAGUCCAAAAUUUAAAUUCAAGGAUGGAUGCACAGGAUAAAGAGUUGGCUGUGAAGAGGGCUGCUUGUGAAGAGCUGGAGAAAACACUUAAAAAGCUUGAAAAAGAAAAACAAGACUUAAGCGAGACCCUUAAGUCCAUUACUUUUGAUAAUCAACAGUUAUCUUAUAACGUUUUGAGUCUGGAAAUAGAACUUAACAAGGUAAAUUUUGAUUUGGAAAUGUACAAGGUUAGGCUGUCUGAUACAAGAGAGACUCUAGAAGACUUAGAAAUGACCAAAUCAGACUGGAAUGAGAAGUUUCUUGAAGCUGAAAAUGAGCUGAGGAGGAUAAAAGCAGAGAGAGAAAAUAUUGAGAGUCAUGCCCUAUCUAUGGAGGCAGAUAUUGAAGAGCUUCAGUCAAAGAAAGAGCAGUUAGAAAAAGAAAAUGAAAAUUUACUGAAAACCAUUUUUGGCCUUCAGGAACAGCUUCAUAUAAUCACAGCUGAAAGAAACCAAUUUAGUCUAGAUCUUAACAUUUUGUUGAAGGAUAAAGAAGAACUGAACCAUGUGUGCCAAAAGUUGCAGGAGACAAUAAAAGAUCUUGAGUCAAGUCAAAUGGAUUCUACUGAAUUUAUCAGAGUAUUGGAAAGUGAAGCAAAGACCCACAGAAAAUUGCUUCAAACUGCAAAAGAUGAUAUUACUCGGUUAUCAACAGAAAAGGAUAGCCUGAUGCUGCAGUUGCAGAGUUUGGAAAAGGUUGCAAGUGAUCUUACAUUAGAAAAAGAGACUGCUCAAAGCCAGAUAGAGCACUUCAGUGAAGAAAAAGAAGCGAUUCUUAGGGAAUAUGAAACUGUACAAGCCCGCUUAAACGACUCUCAAACAGAAAUCUCCAAGAUCUCCAAGUCUUUGGAAGGCUCACUUAUAGAAAAAGGUGAACUUUCAGCUAGACUAAAUUCUGCACAGGAAGAAGUGGAUCAACUGCGACAUGGCAUUGAGAAACUCAAAAUCAAAAUAGAAUCUGAUGAAAAGAAAAGACGUUGCCUUGCUGAAAAACUGAAAGAGAACGCAAGGAAAGCUGACCGUCUUGUAGACAAAACUGAAACUCUCGAAAGGGAAUUGCAGCUGUCAGAAGAGAAUUUGGAAGAUGCAAUUCUUCAGGCAGAGGCAGCCAAGGAAGAUAAGGAAAUAGCAAACACUGAGCUGGAAAAGAUGCAUGCAAAUCUUGGGAAGCUAGAAGCUGAAAUGAAUUCCUUAAAGUCUGAGAAAGAACAGCUAGAGAGAGAGCUGGAAGAAGAGCAGGAAAGAGCAUCUCAUUUGGAACAUAGCAACUUUAUGUAUGUAAAACAGUUGGAAGAAAAAGAAGUACAAAUGAAAAGUGAAUAUGAAAAUGCAUUGAUGUCAAUACAGUCUGAGCUCAAACAGGCCAGAGAAGAAAUUGAAGUUUGUCAGCGCAAGCAGGAAAUACGUAAGGCAAAAGAACAGGAUCUGAUGAAUGAAAUAACUUCUUUCAAACAUGAGAACCUACAGUUGGCUUAUCACCUGCAGCAAGCAAAAUACAAACAUUCUGAAGCAGAGGAAUUGAUGAGAGCCUUUAUUCAAGAACUUCAAGACAUCAGACAACAGCUGGAUGAAAAUGAUUCUUUCCUUGAGCAGUUGCCAAAAAAUGAAUCCUUGCAACUUCUCCUUGAUUCACAAGCCUCUUGUGAGGAUCCUGAGGAGGAACAGGGAAGCACAGCAUCUGAAACGGGAGACUAUCAUAGGUUAUUAGAGCAGCUAAAAAAUGGAGAAAGCCCUCUGUAUCCUAAAUUCCAACAAUGGAUGAGAUACUUUAGAGUGUUAAAGCAGGAAAGAGAACAAAUGGUGAAGCAGAUUCAUGAAUUUGAGAUUCAGCUGAAUAAACCAGACCCAAAAGAAAUAAUGCAUGAGCUGGAAGGAUUGAGGGAAUCCAUCGAAGAGAAAACCAGAGAAGCUGAUGAGAACUUGGAGAAGUAUUGUGUUCUGAUAAUUGAUCACCAUAAACUAGAAGAAGAAAAUGAGAUGCUAAGGACACAAAUCUCCCUCUUGAACAUUCAGCUCAAACAGUCAUCAUCCAGUCCUGUUGUCAGUUGUCUUUGUCAAAGUCAUGGAAGCCCAACAAAACCUAGUGGAUUUGUCGAUGUUACUCCAAGAAACAGCAGCCCUCACAAUUCCAAUAGAACAGGUUUAAGUCCAAGAACAAGUCCUUAUCUUCUCAGUCCAAAACUGGGAUUGCAACCCUCUGUUGAUAACAUACCAAUCCUGGAGAUGGAUUAUUUCCCAGAGAAUCCAAAAGUAACAGCAGAGGGCAGCAAACUACAAAAGGUAGAUGAUGAUCAGCUGCAAGAAAUACAAGCUACUGGGUUGCCCCUGGGCUUUACUCCCAGGUCUCCGCUUUCUGCCUGCAAUCAAUCUAUCCAACCAAUUGCUGACAGAUCGGCUGGCAGUGCUGAUAAAAUCAGAACUAGACUUUCUAAAAAUACAGUAGAAAAUGAGCUAAAUGAGGGCUGUCAUGUACAGUAGAUCUGGACCCAGUGGACUUCAUGCAUGCACAAAAGGCUGUCUUACACCUUAUGCAGCAUGCUUAUCACACCCAACAGGAAGCUUGGAACUAAUCUGGGCUUCCUGAGUCAUGUAUCUCUGUGGUGCGCUUGACAGUAAAAAUAACCCAAACCCAAAUGUAUUGCUCAUAAGUGCUAGUACUCAAGAAGUGCACAUAUCUCUGGAUCUUUUUCUUAAGGUCCCUGCGGCAGAUGAUCUUUUCCCACAGAUCAUAGGUAGGUAUCACUGCCCCAAUAUAUGUUGCAGAGGGGAAGUGUACAAAGGGCUUUUGAUACAUUAUGGAGUACACAGGUUGGGUUUGUACCUUACCCUACUAUAGAUGUAAGUCAAUCAUAUGUGAGUUGUGAUUUCUCCUCAGUUCCUGUGUACACAGUGCCGGAUUUUUAUCAAGACCACCAUGCACAUGCAGAAGGGGUUUCAGUCUCCCCUGUCCCCAUGCUGUUUUCAUAGCCUCAAACAGUCCAGAGGUGGUGCCCUUAGGCCUGUUGGGGAAAACCUACAAGUAUGUUAGAGAACAUUUGGGUUUUCCCACACAGCAGCUAUUUGGGACUGCUUCGAUUAAGGGGGGGGGGGGGGGGAGGCGGAAUGAAACUCCUCUAUGACCACACUGCUGAUUCUAGUCAGGUACUGCAUGUCCAGGAGUUUAGGGAAACUCCCAACUCAUAUAUAUGUGACUCAGGGUUAGGGACACUACAUGGUAUUUUAAUGCUCAAACAGGCAUGUAGGAAAAGGAGCUUGAUCUGCCUUAAUUAUCUGAAUUCUCCUCAAAAAGCAACCCAGCCUUAUUUAGUGUUUUCUGACAGCUUUGGUCAGAAGAAAAUGGUAUUUGAAUUUUUCCAAUGAUGCAUGCUUGGGUGCUGACCAAGAGAGUUCUGAAGUAUUGUCAUCUCCUGCAAUCUGGAUAGAUGUACUAAUUCACCUCUGCAACCUCCAAGCAUGGAACAAGUCAAGCAGGUCUGGUGUCUGUUCUUUUUUUCUAGAUCAAUGCUACAGAUAAUAUGGUAUCUCCCCUUCCUGUUCUACUGUUAGGAUCUAUUGACAUUUUCUGUAAAUAAACAAUACACUAAAGUUGCUGCCUAAGAAACCGAUAGAGAAAAUCGUUAUCUUGGGAAGGAGGUGUGUGCCCAAUGGUAGACAUCCUGAUGGUAGAAUUAUAGCAUACCUUAGGAACAUUUUAAAACUGGGAAAACAUUGUCUCAAGGGUACUCAAGCUGCUGUCAAGGUCACCAAGCACCUCAGGGAUGCUAGCACUUUAGGGAACAAAAAUAACUUGCUACCUGUCCAAUCCUGCUAUGCAUCUUUUAAAACUAUCUUUUCUGCAGUCAAGCAGAAAAUAACAAGACUUGGCUCUUGCAUUUUCAAAAUCAGUUCUGGGAGCCAUUGAAGAGGAUGACUAUGCAAAUCUUUUUCACAGGAUUCAACCCAAUUUAAAUGCCAUUUUACAAAACAACCAGAAAAAGGGCAUAUAUUAUGUAAGAUAUUGUACAUAAUCCUGUUUCUAACAUAGAUGUUGAAUUUUUGUACUGUGUUACAGCAAACACUGACUUAAAUCUAUAAACCUUUAAUUUUCUUUAACCAAGCCAUAAUGAUGUCCAUUUAUACAUUUCUUUCUAAAUUUAUAGUGAAUUCUGAGUCUGUGUAUAGAACAAUAGAAUAAUUUGCCUUGAAAGAAGGUAAUAACUUGAAUAAUACAACUGUAUUAGCUAUUACUCCUAAGUACUACUGUGGCUAAGAGAGGAUGGUCAAGGCUUUAAAAGAUGUGUAUUUGUCUAAUAAAAUUUAGUACUAUUAAAGGAAGCUAGACUUUAUGGAC